AUGGAAGAGGUACGCCAGAGGGUAGAACGAGGAAAGGAAAAAAUUAAACAAAUUGGUAAAGAAAUUAACCAAUUUGAUUUAAAAAAACGUGUAGAAAAAUUUUUUUUUAAAAAUGGAAAAGAGAAGGAACUUAGUGACAUGCUAUUCUUGGUACAAUACUCACUGAAAUAUAAAAACGUCUGUAAAUGGCCGAAUUAUAAUGAUUUGUUAGUAAUAAAUUAUAACAUAAAUGAUCAUUUCAAAUCAAUGCUUCAAAAACAUGGGGGAUUUGGUCACCACUAUAAAAACGUCACACCUGAUGGAGGGACAAAUAACACGACGACGAUGAACCGAGGCGGGGAAUCCACACUUGGGAGUAGCGAUAAAAGCGCCACAACGAAUCACAACGCUGAAGACAAUGCUCCCCAUACAGCAGAGAAGCACAUAGCCGCUAACUGGGAGAAUGGCAUAGAGAGCAAGACUAACACACCAUGGAGUAUAGCACACAAUGAAGACCAAAAUUACCCCGACGCAACAGGUUUAACAAAAGGCGAAGUUCCACAUAAUUUCCCUUCAGAUAACUCCGUGCCAAAAUCUCCCCCUUCGAAGGAAUGCAUUCCAAAUAGCGCACGAAGAAAAAGGGAAAACAAAUUUGUGACCCACUUUAAUGAAGACAUAAGUCCUUACGACAAAAUAAAGUUGCAAAUUUUUAUGUACUUCGUGUUGAACAAUUAUAGAGUUAAAAUUUUAGUGGACGCAUUAUCUGCAUUAAAUCGCCCAAUUAACGUUAUAUACAUAAAUUGCCCUAAUAAUAAAGAGCAGAACAGGACAUUUUUUCAAAAGGUGGGGAGCUUCUUUACUCGCCAGUACAAAGUCGGUGAUGUUUUCGUGAAUAAUAAAAAUAAUUAUCUGCCAAAGGGCACGGAAAAUUGCUCAUGCUCGGAAUUGUCCCCCAUUAGGUAUAGUAAUAACCCAAACAUUGCUCCUUCCAAGGAAAAAAAAUCAAAUUACGUAGGUGGUUACAACCCUAUAAACAAUACCAUUUGGCUUUGUUCAAAUAAUAUUAACAAUUAUUAUAAGCUCAAAUAUAUACUAACGCAUGAACUUAUACAUGCCUUUGAUUUUGCAAGGGCAAAUAUAGACAUGUACAAUUGCCACCACAUUGCUUGUUCCGAAAUAAGAGCCUAUAAUAUGAGCAAUCAGUGCAGCUAUUUUAACAGUAAAUAUUUUUCCCCCGAUUAUGAUGUGUUUACUAAUUUUAAAAGCCCCUCAAUUAGAGCUACCCCCAAAAAUAAAUGCAUAUAUAAUAAUGUGUAUUCUUCUCUUAACCAGUACAAGCCUUGUACCAACAACACCCAUCAGUUUAUAAAUGACGUCUUCGAGAAAUGCAUGCACGAUUACUGGCCCUUCAUGUGCUCGCCCGAACAGGACAGCAAGUAUAAGCCCUCCAAAAUUUUUAAAAAGGAUUCCUAA